AAAAAAAAUGACAAGAGAUUGUUUUUUUGGGAAAGAGGGUUGGAUUUCAGACACCCCUUCCGUGUUGGUAGAGCUGCAGGUGGUAAAUUCCACGUCAUUUUCGUCAGUGUGCUAAUAUUGCCAACUUUCAGGUUGCACCCAGGUCACUCUCAGGGCUAUAUAAACCAAACUUCAAGACUGCGUGUAUUCACAUGUGCUGCAGUUUGCCUUAACCGAAGAAGCCAAUAAUUAUCAAGAAAAAGAUGUCAACCGUCGAUUCAGACGAUGCAUUCGAUUUUCUCUUUAAAAUAGUUUUGAUCGGGGAUGCCGGUGUGGGGAAAACUUGCGUGGUUCAGCGGUUUAAGUCUGGGAUUUUUGUGGAAAGACAAGGCAGUACCAUUGGAGUCGAUUUCACGAUGAAAACCAUGGAUAUUCAAGGAAAACGAGUUAAGUUGCAGAUCUGGGACACCGCAGGGCAGGAGAGGUUCCGCACCAUCACACAGAGCUAUUACCGCAGCGCUAAUGGAGCCAUCAUAGCCUACGACAUCAGCAAGAAGGGGACCUUCGCUUCCGUGCCACGGUGGAUUGAAGACGUCAAGAAGUAUGCAGGUUCCAACAUUGUGCAGCUUUUAAUCGGUAACAAAUCGGACUUGACUGAGCUCCGGGAAGUUCCGUUCGAGGAGGCCCAGGCCCUGGCCAGCCAGUUUGACGUCUUCGAUACCGUGGAGACCUCGGCCAAGGACUGCAGCAAUGUGGAGGAGGCCUUUGCUAAAGUGGCCUCUGAGCUCAUGCUAAGGCACGGGGGCCCCAUGUUCAAUGAGAACGUGACCGACAGCAUAAAGCUGAACAGCAAGGACGUGGGGGAAAGCUGGGGCUGUGGGUGUUGACAUCCACGCUGGACGGAGACGUUCUGGGUUUUCUCAGAGGUGACUGACUGUGCAAUGGUUAAUCUCUUUUCUCUUGGAGCCAGUUUUGGAGAUAAUUAUUUGAUUCAGUAGUAGUAUUUUUCCCUGUGACAGAUAUACAUAAGAUGGUCACACUGUGAAGCAAACAAAGGGAAAGCGAACUGGAAUAGUAGAACUGUUUUUAAGGCCAUCUUAAGUUUUAUAUUUUCAUUUGAUCACCCUUUAUCCCCUAUAGGUGAUUUUAAGAACUGGUUGGCUAUCACUUGUAACAGCUGUACAAUGCUGCCCAAUUGUUGACACUGAUUAGCAAUGUGGUUAGAAGCUUACAGUACCUGAUUUUAUCAUUCCACAUUUUGAAUGGACAGCACCUUGCUACCACUGACCAAUACUUUUUGUGAUAUUAUUCGUAGAUUUUAAUAAUGUUUCAGCUAUUUAAAUGGCAAUGUGUGUAUAUACACAAAAUUGAGAAUUAUGCAUUUUUUCUUUUAAAAAUCUGAAAAAAAAAUUAUUGCAUGCUCGUACAAAAAUAUCAUCCGUUUCGCAUGACUUUUUCCAACUAAUUUCUGCGAGACAGGACUGAAUUACUUGAACUGUGAAAAGUGCUUAUCAAUAUUUUACUGUGCUGCCAUGGAAACAAAACUCAAGGUUGUAAAUAGUGUCUGGUUGCAAAAAAUAAAUAAAAAUAACUUUCUUUGGCAACCCAUUUUUUUCUAUACAGAUUCAGCACCCUGCUUUUAAUGUACUAUUCACUCCUGUGUUGUGAUGGGAAUUGAUUUUGUUGCUUGCUGCACAGGACUGUGGAGUGAAGAAAUGCUCAGGAGCGAGUUUACCGGGUGUACACUAGUUUAAAUAGUGGCAUAGUCAUGUCUUUAUAUAGUGAUAAUAAUAGAACGGUAUGUAUGGAUGAUAUGGUUAAUACAACUGUUUGGCCUCUUCUGAAUCCCGACGAGGAUAUGCUUUUGCAGUGGGAGACAUCUCUGGGAGAUCUGAGGUAUCUAGUAUACAUUUCUUGGGAGCUUUCUAUUCACUUAGUAUAAUCUAAAGCAGUAGCAGUUAUGAUUUUCAGUGGGAAGAACCGUAUCUCUUUCUUCCUGAUUUGAAAGACUGGAUUUGUAUGAUUUUAUUAUGCUGAGCUCUUGGGGGUGUUGUCUGUGGUGUGCUGUAUUUCAUUUGCUUUCCUCCUGGAGGCGAGAGUAUGACUUCAGUGAUGAUGUCACGCACGUUCCUCAUUGGCCAGUCUGUAGCCAAGAAAGGGCAAUGCAUCUCCAAGCCAGUCCUUGGUUGCUGAACACUUACUUGAAAGAAGCAGAAAACAGGGGGAACACAAUGUUAUAUGUAUGCACAGAUAAUAAUUAAAGGUUAUGUGAAUAUUUGUAUCUUAAAUUAGUGUAUUAAAUAUGAUUUAUAACCAAAGAGAACUGAGAAUAGCUGACUGCAGGUAAUACUCUAGAUGGACCUUGUAUCUGUUAAAAAAAACCCCAAAAAAUAAAGAAAAAAAUACUGUAGCAAUGUGCAAAAGCAAAUGCUGUACUUGGGACCAAUUUAACCCAUUAAGUGCCACUGUCCUCAUUUGAGGGCAGGCUACUUUGUAAUUUUUUUGGAGCUUUGUUAACUGGCAUCUAUCUUUUUUUUUUUUUUCAUUUUCUCUUUAACUAUAUUGUUAUGAUAACUUACUCUAAUUGUGUUAACCGCAAAAGUUAAGUCUAAAUGUAAUGUAUCAAAUUGCACAAAUACAGCUUGUGUUCUGUUAAUUUUUUCUUUUGGGAAAA